AAUCGUUGCGCACACACGCGCCUGCUUAUUUCAAGUCAGGUGCCUGCCACUUGCCAGUGCUGGGGCGUGCGCAUUAGCUCAUACGCCUCCCGCGAUUGCAUCGCGCUUGUCGAACCUCCGCGCAUCUCGUGACGAGAAUAACAAUCGGUGAUUCGAACGUAGCACAUAAAAUACGACUCCAUAUGUGGAUAGGACUUGCAGACCUGUGGUAAUGGUGUUCAAACAAACUAAACGGUGCGUCAGUGUGCAAAAUAUCCUAGCGGAGUGUAGACUUUUCUGAGUGUAGUGAUGCCGGGAAACGCUGGAAGCCCUUACUGGGCCGCUGUGGACUUCGACAGUGAAGGAGACGAUGACCAGUCGCCGCCUCCGAACCACCGGGUGUACUUAGACCCGUGGGAUACGGAGGCAUAUGGUAUGAUGCAGGGGGAGACUACAGCGGAGUCAAGUCAAGGGGAGAAUUUUAACUCUUUCGCUGGGGAGCCGGUUAGUGCCAGCUUUUAUUACGUCCCGACUAAGAACUACGAUUCGUCGGAAGAAGCGCCUGUGCCGCCGCCUCGGAGGAUCACUCCUCCCGAAGAAGUGCCGGACUACGGAGUGUAUGGACGGAAGUUAACCAGAUCCAUGAUAACCGACAUUCAGCCUGAUAUGGCAAUUUAUGGGGAAAGAGUCAUCCGGGACAGAAGAAGAUCCAUGUACAUAGAGGAGCCGAUAUACGCGCCGCAUCCCGUACUCUACGAGCCUGUAUACGGCCACAUACCACCUCCUCCCGGGUAUAUGCCUCCGCCCCCAAGAUCCCGUAUGUCUUUGCCUCACCACCCUGAGUAUGUUAUGGCAAGCCUUGGUUACAGCAAGCAGAGACGGCAUUCCAGGUUGACAGACGCGUACGAGCAUUUCGCGUACGAGAGCCUGUCUCCGGAAUACGAGGACUGGGCGCGGCCGCUGCCCAAGGCUGCCCCUGACAACUUCCAUCUGUCCAGGUACGGCCAUCUUCAGAUCGACUACUCCUGCAGUUGGAACUCUCUAGAUAGACUUAUUCGUAACCAGUAGUAGCUACGAUAUCGUAGUCGACUCUACAAAGCAGCAGGAGACAUGUCGUCCCAACACUACUGCCCCUAGACAAGUGGCAAAAUGUGACUUUGUAAUGUCAAAAGAUGGUCGAAAGGCCUUUUUUGUAUGGAGUUACAACGGAUUCGACUUCCGACCAUCCGAAGUAACGUAGUGUGAGCAAUAUGACGCUGUUGCUGCGUGGAUACGGCUAGGAUAGGAACUUAUACCUUUAUUGUCUGUUGUAUUUAUGUUAGUGACCCUUGGUGACUGCCAAAGAAUGUCUUAGAGACAAGUGUUGGUAACGAAGCUUAAGCUGAACGCACACCUAAAUUACAAUAGGCGUCAGAUCUAAGAAAUGAGCAAGGAAGGCGAAAUUGCUAUGGUAGGUAUGGGACUAUGGGUUCACCUUUAGUAUGCUCUAUCUUAUCUCUUUUAUACUUUUGUACUUUAGAAAGUUACUUAAGAGAGUCAAUGAGCUUAGAUAUAUUUUAAAAUCAUCUAGUAUUAAUUAAUUUUUCAUGUUGAGUGUCUACAGCAUUGGCAGAUACUUGAUUACAAAUUAUAUUUAUUAAGGGAUAUGAAAGCACGUAAGAAAGCUGUGAACAAUUGAUGAAACUCUACUCUGGUAGAGCGUUAUUAAAGUUAAAUUUAAAUAUUUAGAACUUCUAAGUACCUUUGCACCAAAAAUGGCACAAACUGCAUUAUACACCUGCUACAAUCCAAAGUAGGUACCUUUAAUUUUUUUUUGAAGGUAAUGACACAAUUUGUUCUACCUACCUACGAGUACAUUAUUUUAUCAAGAUACAUUCCGCCCUUGUUAUCAACUCGGUGUUUCUGUGAACUUAAUAUCUUCCCAUGAACUCUCACCAUGAGAAGUAUGCAAUAUUUAAAAUGGCAUACAAUAGGUGCAUACAAAGCCGGUACCUGUGAAAGGUCAAGCAUGAAGUUGUCUAAAAAUAGUAAAGCAUCUUAGAUUAGAUUUUUUUGAGUAACUAUCUUACUUUAUUAAAAGUAUAAUGAUGUUAGAUUUUAAAAUAUCUUAUUUCAUUGUUUUAGUUCAGCCUACAUUUGUUAAUGUAAAUAUGUAAUUUUAUACAUAAGAUAUUAUUAGUGUUGUAACUUAACAUAAUAACUAAAUACAAACAAAUUGUUAAUUUUCACAAACUAGUUAUUUUGAGGGUUCAAUUAUUUAUAGGACGAAAGCAUGUUCUGAAGUAACUUUUUUUAGAAUAAGCCUAGUUCAUGUAUGUAUGAUUAAUUAAAACACCAGUAAAUCAAAAUGAUAAAUUAAUAUAGGAACUUAUAAAGCCAGGUUGUUAUUCUGAUUUAUAUGCGUUUUAAUUAACGCAAGCGUUUAGAA